GGGGGGGCAUAAGACAUGGGAGUGCCCAACGAGUCUUACAUGUUGGAAUUGUGGUGCUAGAGGGCAUCGGAACACAGAGUGCACGGAGCGCCGGGGAACGAGGUUAUGUUCACGGUAAACUGCAUACAUCACCUCACACAUGUUCAUCUUCAGGCCUGUCCCACCAUUUGGAGAGUGUAUUCAUACAUUUCUUCAAGAAGACGCGAGAAGGUUUUGCUUGCACGGACGGACAGUAGCCGUCUGAAUUCUGAUAGUGGUGAAGGAUUUGUUGGUUGGGAUAGAAUGUGUUUCAUAUGUGGCGCCUCCGGCCACUGGGCUUUCGACUGUCCGAGUGCGUCCAAACGUCCACCGGAGCCGCAUGCUUUCUCGGACCACAUCGCGGAUAUGGGGGCUUUCGGUGACGGGUACCCAGAUGAGCACACCAGUCGAACCGCCGCUCACGCAAUCAACCAUUUACGGCAAGCCACGCAGAAACUUCGCGAAGAAGAAUAUCAUCGUACUUUUGUACCUAAGGCCGGAAAGGAGGCCAGGGUGCGCAUGCGUGCCAAGGAUCGUGCGCAAGAGAAGGGCCUCUACGAGGAAGACGAUUGGUUUUCAGCUCGAGCGCAGGCAAGAGCUGCUAGGUGAGGGCGACGUCUGUUGGGACGAGGAUGUAUCACGUAUGGGCUCGAAUGGAACGAGGAUAAGGAGUGUUUGUCUGAUUCCUCCCGUGGGGUUUGUUGCACAGUCCUGUAGGACCUGAGCUGUAUCAUGGUAUUCUGACGGCGUUAUGUUAAGUGAGACUCUGCUCUGCUGCUUCCCCUGCAACCACAAUGCUGCUGCUCGAAUUUUCGAUAUCAAUUCAGCUUUCAUUAUGCCCUCCCCGUUCUGUGCAACAACUGUGACACGCGAAGGCGACAACCCAUUCUGCUGAAGGCCUUAAUGUCAGGGCACGUUACGACGCCUGGAUUGUUACGUCUCUUUCAUUGUUCGAAUCCUCGGGGAUCCAGAGGCUGCUCCAGUGCCCAACGUGAUUAGCUGGCUUUGGGUCUAAGAGGCUCUCCCGGGUCGAUGAGCGAAUGACGUAGAUAGCGCCUACACGCGGCAGUAGCUUGCGUAGUC